CGACCUGCCCUCUCCAGACUCCAGUAUAUAAACACCAACCAUGCACACACCCCACACCAACGGCAUCACAACAGCUUCAGGUUUCUUUUGAGCCCAUCCUGUGUGCCUAGCUAGCUCCUUGCCGUCCCAGUAGUCGAUCGUUUCCCACAGAUUCCUCGGCUCCACGCCACAGGGUCCCUGUUCUUCGACUCGCAAUGACCAAGCACCAGAGAGCUGAAGCGGCCGACCAGCAUGCCGUGUCCCUCGCCCUCUCGCUCUGCCUCGGUGCUGUCGCUGACCGCAGCAAGAAGAUGCGCCGCGCCGGUGGGGAUCAGUUCGUGUGCAAGACGUGCGGCCGCUCGUUCCCGUCGUUCCAGGCGCUGGGUGGCCACCGGACUAGCCACCUGCGCGGCCGCCACGGGCUCGCGCUCGCCCUCACCACCGGCGAGCAGUACUGCUCCGUCAAGCCCAAGAGUAUUGCGGAUCUGAAGCAGGCGCACCAGUGCCACAUCUGCGGCCAAGGGUUUCAGACGGGGCAGGCGCUCGGCGGCCACAUGCGCCGGCACCGCGAGGAGGGGACGCAGGCGCCGCCAGUUCUGCUCGAGCUGUUUGUCUAGACUGAUCUCAGUAGUUCUAGACUUUAGUGCAGAUGCAGAGUUUCCGGCAUGCUUAUGCGUGCACACUCGUAGUAGUUACUCCCCCCGUUCGGAAUUACUUGUCUCGAAAAUAGAUGUAUCUAGAAUUAAAAUACGUCUAAAUACAUCCACUUCUGCGACAAGUAAUUCCGAACGGAGGGAGUAGGUGUUAACCAUUGGUUGGUUCAUUCCUUUAUAUGUGUACAUAUACAAGUGUGACUUCCUCAGAGAUUAUGUAAAUGGAUUCGUUCGUUUAUGUUGUUUCAACUGAACUAUUCUCUAUUGAUUC